UUUUUGUUUUUUUUCUUUCUCAUCUUUUCUUCCUUUUUUCUUUCUUUCUUUCUUCUUUCUUUUAUAUAUUUUUCUUUUUCUUCUUCUUUUCUUUUUAUAUAUAUUUUAUUUCAGCUAGUUUAUUUGGUUUUCAUUUAGUAUAUUCCAUAUUUACAAGCUAGAUUCUUUCUCCUCCUCCUUUUUUAUAUAUAUCCUUGACUUUAGUCACUACUGUCACUAUUUACUAUCAAUAUUAAUUCGAUACUCUUCUUCUAUUGCUUUUUUUGAUUUCUAAACUCUCAAUGCUCCGAUGGAUGACACUGUCUCUUACCACUUUGCUUCAGUGAAACAACGACGUGAAAACAGGGACGAAAUUGAAUUUCGACUAUCUCUUAGGCAACAACCAAAACAAUCUCGUAUGUGUGGUGUUGGAGAAAAAGUCCGUGGGUCGAAUCAAUUCUUAUUUGCAGCCCUUUUAGUUAUAUUAAUGGCUAAUUUAUAUAUAUAUAUAUAUUUUUAUUCUUUAGCUGACCGUCGACCUAUUGAUCCUCCUCCCAUUGUACAACUUCGCGUCAUUGAUCCAACAUUAUCUCCUCUGGAAGCAAAUUCUUAUCUUCAAAAUCCCUAUUAUUUUAUGUAUGCUUCAUUAAUGGCAGCUGAUUUGGAAGAAGAAGUUCAUUUAUUACGUGAUGGAAAAACUCGAAGUACUACUGGUUCCGUGGUUUCAUCUCUUUAUCAUCUCAAGGAUACUGAUAAUACUGAUGCUGGCUUUUUUGUCUUUCCUGAUUUAUCCGUUCGUAUGGAAGGCAAAUAUCGUUUGAAACUUAGUUUAUUUGAAAUUAUUGGCAAAGAAGUCUUCCAUUGUAAAUCAAUCUUAUCCGAUCAAUUCAUCGUUUAUUCCGCCAAAAAAUUCCCUGGUAUGGAAGAAUCUACCUCUUUAUCAAGAUCAUUUGCUGAUCAAGGUUUGAAAAUACGUAUUCGCAAGGAACUUCGACAACGCCGUAAAUCUGGGAAACGAAUUGAAUCUGAUGAUGAUUCACCUCAUUUACAAUCACGCUUCCUUGACAAACGACCUCGACAACAACAACAACAAACUGAUUCAGUUGUACCUACCUCUACCAAUGUCAUUUCUCACAAUGUGAAUACCUCUUCGUCGUCAUCUUCAUUACCUUCCUCAACCAUUGUCAAUUCAUUACGUAUACCGCCACCUCCAUCCUCACAAACAAUAUAUUCAUUGCAAUCUCCAUACAGGUAAAAAUAGAGAUUAGAGAAUAUGACUAGUUGAUAAAUCUUUUUUUAAAAAAAACUACUUUUAGUGAGCGACCUCCAACAUAUUUUGAUCCAAAUGAUGUGGGAUUGCACUGGGCUGGUUCCAGACCUCAACAACAACAACAACAACAACAACAACAUGUUCAUCAUCAUCAUCAGCAGC